UCCAAGAUGGCGGAAAGUUCAAAACCUUGGAAGAAAAUUUUAUACGAGAGACAAGAGUAUCCUGACAAUUAUUUAGAUGAGGAACAGUUUAGAAAAGACCUAAAAAAUAAUUUAUUUGUAGAGAUACAAACUAUUAAUGAGGUCAUUCAGUCGCCAGUAGUUUUAUACUUAUUGCAAGAAAUGAACAGUGUUUUCCUGUUUUUGUCUGUGUUCUGGCAGCUGGAGGAAAGCACAUCAGUUAGUCUCUCUCCAUUAGUAUUGAUUUCUGUUUGCUGCUUCCUCUCUUGUCUCUUGCUCCUCUCAGCCAUAACAAUGAAUAUUAUAUCAUCAAGUGAUUCUUUUGAAUGCAUAAAGCAAUCAGUUUUAUUCAUAUUAUUCUUAUCUGGCACUUCACCAAUACUCAGAACACUAACAGAGUCCAUCAGCACUGAUUCUUUAUGGUGCAUGACAAUCAUCAGCUUCCUUGCUCACCUUGCUUUCCACAAAUAUGGAAUUGACGGAGUCUUAGUUUCUGAGGCGUUUUCUUUAAAUGCAGCCAUUUUUGCUGUAGUCUGUCUCGUCUCAAGACUCCCUUCAUCUCUUCAUGCAUUUUCUCUGAUACUUUUUGCUGUCAUUUUAUUUGCUCUCCUUCCUCAGUUAAGGAACCAUUGUAACAGCGGAAUGAGCUACCUGUUUUUCCAAGCCCUCACUCUCUUCUUGUUCCUACUUGUCAUUACCCUACUCUCCACUCACUUUGACUAUGGCCCGUUGUUUGUAUUCAUAUUCUGUCAUUUUGUGCUAGUUGUCAGCCUUGUUGCUUUUGUCAAGCUACAAUUUCUAAGAAAUACUAUUCACGGCCCCUGGGAUGAAGCAGCCAUUGACUUGAAUGACUUGUAAAUUCCCUGCUUGAUGGCAGCUAUAAUAUAAUAUCAAAUCAUUACUGCUCAUCAUUUUUAUUGGUUAAUUUUGUUUAAAUUGAACUUAAUGACAAUAUUAGCAACACUGCAUGUCCAUUUUAUCAUAAAAGCUCAUGAUUGGUGAUGUCACAAAACACCCACACUAAUU